AUGGCUGCCUCGAUGGUCUCGAUGCAAGCCCCGGGAGGCAAGCAGUACCAUCUACCUGGCUUCGGGCUCGAUGGAUCUGACGAACCAGUCUGCCGUGGGAAGUGCCACAUCGCACAUCCAAGCCGAGUUGUACCUUUUGGGCUGAGACUGUUAGGAGGUACUGGCUAUCAGCGUAUUUGGACACUGGAAAGCGAGCUGCUGCAGGUAGUUCCCUAUCAGAACGGCAAGCUCUGA